UGAAUUCGGGAUUGUGACUGGCAUUUCAGGCACAUCGUAAUAACACUGAGAGUUUUGUGCGGCGUCCCAGCCAAGCGACUUGGCCUGGACAGUGCAGUGUAGCCCAUUCCACGGCCGUGCACCACGCUGCCGCCCUCUCUCCCUCUGCCCUCCCUCCCUGUGUGUUUGUCGUGGGCUCAGAGUGCCCACCUGAUGCCCUCGCUCUGCCCCUGCUCACCGCCUAGGUCCGGCGCUAGUCUACGUCACGAAGCGAAAAUGCCUCAACUCACGACCGAGGCGCAACAAACUCUCACCCCUCCUCUCCUCCUCCCUCUCCUUCCCCCACCACCACAUCCCGAGAGAUACAAGAACGUCGUCGAUCGUCGAUCUUUCUCUCGCCACACAAACACACACUCACUCAAAGACUCAAAAGUCUUAGACGUACACCAAGAACCACUCUAGACACACAUAACAAGAAGCAACAAUGGCAUCCUCGAGCUCGUGCGGCUGCAAGUCGACCCCCAAGACGGCCUGUGUUUGCCCCAAGGGCCAGUGCGCCUGCGGCAAGGCCACCACCACCUCUUCGUGCCAGUGCAAGUCUGGCGGCGCGUGCUCGUGCGCGUCCGGCUCGUGCAAGUGCGGCUCGUCGAGCACCGCCUGCUCGUGCUCCACCAGCGGCGAGUGCAAGUGCCAGUCGAGCAGCUGCACGUGCGCCAACUGCCCUCACAAGCAGGCGUGCGCGUGCAACCCGUCGACCGGCGCGUGUGACUGCCGCACCGCUGGCAAGUGCACCUGCGCGCCCGGCAGCUGCCAGUGCGCCAACUGCCCCGCGAAGCAGGCGUGCGCUUGCAACCCCGCGACCGGCAAGUGUGACUGCAAGACGGCGGGCACUUGCUCGUGUGCGCCCGGCUCGUGCCAGUGCGCCAACUGCCCUGCGAAGGCUCCCGGCUGCUCGUGCAAGUCUGGAGGCAGCUGCCAGUGUGCCGGCGCUUGCAAGUGUGGCGAGGCCUCCUCGUCGUCGUGCUGCGCCGGUGGCGCCUCGUCGUCGUCCACCGCGUGCGCCUGCAACCCCUCGACUGGCAAGUGCGACUGCCGCACGGCCGGCAAGUGCACCUGCGCCCCCGGCAGCUGCCAGUGCGCCAACUGCCCCGCCAAGUGCGCGUGCAACCCCGCCACUGGCAAGUGUGAUUGCCGUACCGCCGGCACCUGCACCUGCGCGCCUGGCUCGUGCCAGUGCGCCAACUGCCCCGCCAAGAAGUCCAGCUGCCAGUGCAAGAGCGGCGGUAGCUGCUCGUGUGCUUCAGGCUCGUGCAAGUGUGGCCAGUCGUCGUCGUGCUCUUGCUCGACCGGCGGCAGCUGCGCCUGUGAGCCCAGCUCGUGCAAGUGCGCCAACUGCCCCCACAAGGCCGCUUCGGGCUGCAACUGCAGCUCCACGUCGGUCUGCUCGUGCGACAAGGGCUCGUGCAAGUGCAGCCCCUGCAACGCCGAGUUCACCACCUGCGGCUGUGGCGGCAACGGCGGCGCCUGCACCUGCGCCCAGGGCAAGUGUGUCUGCGACUCGUGCCCCAAGUCUGUCCGCCGCACCGACUGCGCGUGCAAGGCUACGUGCACCUGUGCGCCCGGCACCGACUGCGGACCCGGCAAGUGCGGCUGCGCGACGUGCCCCAAGCCUCCUCAGGCUUCGGCUUCGGGCUCGGCUUCGGGCUCGGGAUGCAAGUGA